AUGUCAGGAAAGAAUACAAAAUCGCGUAAUACGAUCCAGACGCAGCUGAGGCCUGGUUUACAGACCGCAGCCCCGCCUUCAGGUGAGCCGCCAGGUUCCACCGAAGCGCAGGCUAUCCCUGACGCCGCUGCCCUUAAAGUGGAGCUAAUGACAUCGCUGAAAGAAGACAUCGCCGAGAUAAUAAAAAAGCAGUUGCAGGAGACGCUCGGGGAUUCUUUGUCGACUAUCCAGCUUGAUCUACAAACCGUGAAAACACAGCUCGCGAAUAAUAAAGCAGCUACUGAUGCUACAUUAGCCGAGCUCAAGUGCACCGUGGGAACAUCUGAAUGUUCCGAUGACAUUGCUGUGAUGAAAGCAACAAUCAGUAGCCUGACUGCUAACGUUGCCAAGCUCGAAAAUAAAUGCGAGGAUUUAGAAUCCAGAUCACGGCGUAACAACAUUAGGAUAGUGGGGGUUCCCGAGGGCCCCGGUACGUGUGACACCGCUGCUGUAUCUGCCUUGCUGAAGGAAGCGUUCGCUUUGGAAAAGGAGCCGCUUCUGGAUCGGUCACAUCGCACCCUUCAACCAAAGCCUCAGCCAAAUGAACGACCACGAGCCAUUGUGUGUAAAUUUCAUUACUACAGCGACUGUGUUGACAUUUUACGCCGUGCAAGAGAGCUCCGUCAGAUUACACUCAAAGGUAUGACGCUCUCCGUGUUCCCGGAUUACACUGCCAAGGUGGCCCGGGCCCGGGCUGCCUUCAAUGAGAUAACAGUGACCUCAUUCCAGAGUCGUCUCACCACCGUUGAGCUAACUGUGGCCGAGUCCACCAUCAAAACACUCCAGAGCCAAACCCAGUCACUGUUGGAUCGGUGCGACGACUUUGAGAACCGCUCACGGAGAUCCAAUCUCCUGAAUAUUCCAGAGCGCAGUCAAGACGGCAAAGAUCCCCUAAAGUUCAUGUAG